AUGGACGUAUAUGUCCAGAUCACGGGUCUGGACUCAGGGAAAACGCGCGGAGUCAAGGCGCUACUCGAUUGUGGUUGCAGUACCUGCUGUAUCGAUACCGACUACGCACGGGUGGAGAAGUUGGAUAUCCAGGAGCUCCCACAACCCAUUGUGGCUCGUAAUACCGACAACACCGAGAACAUUAAGGGGCGGAUCACGCACUACGUCGACCUGAGGAUGAGAAUCGGUCCUCAUGUGGAGACACGCACGUUCCUUCUGACGUGCUUAGGGAAAGCCCGGAUCUUCAUCGGUCUUGAUUGGCUGAUGGAACACAACCCCGAGGUGGAUUGGCAGGAGCAGACCAUGAGAUUCAGCCGAUGCCCAGAGCGGUGUCACAUGAGGGGUCACGAGGAACAUCAAGCAAUAAUUGACAUGGAUGCAAUCGACCUGGAUAUGGGCACACCGGAUCUGGAAGAGGGAGAAUCGAUCCUGUUGGUCGAUUUUGGGAAGGAAGUGGACCUGCGGCUGAAGGAAACGCCGGCGCAGAAAUUCGCAGAGGAAGCAGAAAAGGAGAAAGAGAGAAUGACCGAAGGAAGAAUUCCGGAUCAAUAUCGGGAAUUUGUCAAGGUAUUCGCCAAAGAAUCGUUCAACUCACUACCGGACCGACGGACAUGGGAUCAUGCAAUUGAGCUCAAACCUGGUUCCAAAGCAGUGGACUGCAAGGUGUACCCGUUAUCACGCAAUGAACAAGUCAAACUCGACGACUUCUUACAAGAGAACCUGGCCAGUGGACAGAUCAGGCCAUCAAAAUCACCCAUGGCAUCAGCAUUCUUCUUUGUCAAGAAGAAGGAUGGCUCUCUACGCCCCGUCCAAGAUUAUCGGAAGCUGAAUGAGAUGACAAUUCAGAAUCGAUACCCGCUGCCGCUGAUCUCUGAACUGGUCCAUAAUCUAUGUGGCGCAAAGUUCUUCACCAAGCUCGACAUCCGGUGGGGAUAUAACAAUGUACGAAUCAAAGAGGGCGACGAGUGGAAGGCUGCAUUCCGCACGAACCGAGGGCUGUACGAGCCCUUAGUUAUGUUCUUCGGUCUCACAAAUUCCCAGGCAACGUUCCAAAACAUGAUGAACAACAUACUCCGAGAGUUGAUCAACGAGGGUCACGUGGUAGUCUAUCUGGACAAUAUACUGAUCUUCACAGAAAACUUGGACGAACAUCGGCGGAUCACGAAACGAGUGCUCGAAUUGCUCCAGAAACACAAGCUAUACCUGAAGCCCAAAAAGUGCGAGUUCGAACGCACGGAAAUCGAAUAUUUGGGUGUAAUUAUUGGACACAAUUUGAUGCGGAUGGACCCAGUCAAGAUCAAGGGCGUGAUGGAACGGCCCAAACCAAAGAGCGUCAAACAGGUCCAAGCUUUCCUCGGAUUCACAAACUUCUAUCGGCGCUUUGUCCGGGGAUACGCGGAGGUUGCCAAGCCAUUGACACGGCUGACAGGGAAGGCAGGAUGGUCAUGGGGUGCAGAUGGGCAUGCAGCAUUUGAUGGAUUGAAGAAGAGAAUCGCGGAGGAUGUGGUCCUAGCACUGCCAAAUGACACUGGCCAAUAUCGUCUGGAAGCCAAUGCUUCGGAAGGGGCAACAGGAUCAGUUUUGAACCAAAACCAAGACAGCAUUUGGCGCCCAAUCACAUUUAUUUUGCACGCACUGACCGAAACCGAGCGAAAUUACGAGAUCUACAACAAGGAAAUGCUUGCAAUCAUGCUAUCAUUGGACGAAUGGAGACAGCUACUACUGGGAGCCACAGAGACGUUCGAGAUCUUCACUGAUCAUCAGAAUCUGGAGUACUUCCGGAAGCCGCAGAAGCUCAAUCGACGGCAAGCACGAUGGAUCACGGAGUUGGCGGAGUUUGAUUUCACCCUACGACACCGGCCCGGCGCACUCAACCGCAAGGCGGAUCUCCUGUCUCGACGAGCAGAUCACGAUCAGGGCAAGAACAACAACAAGGACGUCAUGCUACUGAAGCCCGAGUUCUUCCGAUCACAAGAAGUCACAUUCGAGGGACAGGAUCAGCAGCUAAUCGAUGAAAUCAAGGCCAUUCGAUCAAUUGAUGGAAGCGUCAAGGCGGCCUUAGAGAAGUCACUCGUCGGAUGGAAGAAGGAAGAGGGGCUCAUCACGUAUCACGAGAAGCUCUAUGUGCCAAGGGAUGAGGAGCUGCGGGACAAGAUCAUUGGGCUACACCACGACACACCCCUGGUCGGACAUGCAGGGAUCAACCGAACGCAGGAGAUGGUGGAAAGGAACUACUGA